CCAAUCAGCUUAGUGGGUGGCCUUAAUGUCAGUACGGUGCAGCAAGAAUACUAGCUCGGACAUCCGUAUUGCUAAUAGCAUCUGCGGAACAGCUGUGAUUCUACUGCAGCAAGUCGGUAAGCGUGCAGUUUGAUCGAGACAGGGAUGGCGGAUGUUUAAUCGAGAGACUGGAAGAAACGUAUCAGCCGCUCCAUAGGGAACUACCGGAACGCGUUCACAUCAACGAGUGCCAGUGAGAGCGACACAGGGAGCCCACGUCGGAGUCCAUGGCAGCGUGUGCUCAGGACAAGGUGCGGUGCUCGCACAUUCUCGUCAAGCACCGCUACUCGCGGAAACCUUCCUCGUGGCGCGAUAAGAACAUCACCCGCACCAAAGACGAGGCACUCGCCCUCAUCAAGAGCUACCGGGAGGCGAUUGUGUCGGGCAAGGCCACCUUCGAGGACCUGGCCCGCCAGUUCAGCGACUGCAGCUCGGCCGAAAGGAAGGGCGACCUGGGCCCGUUCGGACGGGGCGCGAUGCAGAAGCCCUUCGAGGACGCCUCCUUUGCCCUCAAGGUUGGCGAACUCUCCGAGCCAGUCUUCACCGAGUCCGGCGUCCACCUCAUUUUUCGCACUGCCUAGCAUAGCUCCCCUGUUCGUGACUGCGCUUUGGACAGGGGUCGUUCAUCGCAGCAAAUUACUAGAAGUGUACCAGGCAGGCCACUUGUACCACCAGCACAGGAGGGUUGGCCGGUGCACGUGUAGAGCCUGACAGCAGGCAGUGCCGUGGUGGUCAGACAAGCACGCAGCACGCUUCACGUGACUUCUUGAAGGCUGACUUGCAUCAUGUACAAGAAUAAAUAAAAAAAAGGGU